AUCAUGGUGCGCAUCCUCAGCGCCCUCGGCUUGGUCAUGUUCAGCGUGGCUCUGCUCAUCCUCUCUCUCAUCAGCUACGUGUCCAUAAAGAAGGACGCCAUCUUCACGGGCCCCAAAUACCCGAGCGGCGGCGGGCCGCGGAUGUACAUGUUUCACACGGGCUUCAGAUCCCAACUGGCAAUGAAGUUUCUGGACCCAGCGUUUACACCCUUGAACAAUGCCCUAAAUGAGAACCUACAGGAGAACUCAUCCAAGUGGAAGUUUAAUACGACGGGCUAUUUAGAGCAAAGUAAAGAGAUUGCCCAGUACAUCGACGUGCCACGCAACUUUACCCUGACCAAGAGCAGCGUUCGUGUCGGUCAGCUGAUGCACUACGACUACUCCAGUCAUAAAUACGUCUUCUCCAUCGGCGAGAACUUCCGCUCCCUUUUGCCUGACUCGUCGCCCAUCCUUAACAAGCGCUACAACACAUGCGCCGUGGUGGGAAACAGUGGAAUCCUGACAGGCAGCCGGUGCGGCGCCGCCAUCGACGCCUACGACUUCGUCUUCCGCUGCAACUUUGCGCCAACCGAGGUCUUCCGCAGGGACGUGGGCCGCCGCACAAACCUCACGACCUUUAAUCCCAGCAUUCUGGAGAAGUACUAUAACAACCUCCUCACCAUCCAAGACCGAAACAACUUCUUCCUGAGCUUGAAGAAGCUGGACGGAGCCAUCUUGUGGAUUCCGGCCUUUUUCUUCCACACCUCAGCCACGGUCACGCGCACGCUGGUGGACUUCUUUGUGGAGCACCGGGGGCAGCUGAGGGUGCAGCUGGCCUGGCCUGGGAACAUCAUGCAGUAUGUCAACAGGUACUGGAAGACGAAGCAGCUCUCCCCGAAGCGGCUGAGCACAGGUAUCCUGAUGUUCACCCUGGCCUCAUCCCUGUGCGAUCAGAUUCACCUGUACGGUUUCUGGCCUUUUGGCUGGGACCCGAACACAGGCAAGGAGCUGCCCUACCACUACUACGACAAGAAAGGUACCAAGUUCACCACCAAGUGGCAGGAGUCGCACCAGCUGCCCACCGAGUUCAAGCUCUUAUUCAAGAUGCACACGGAUGGCAUCCUCAAGCUGAGUCUCUCGCACUGCGCAUAGAGGUCAAAGCCCGGAGGUCGGAAGGUCACAUGCUUGUUGAACGUGGAGAUUUGGGCAGUAGAGCUCUUUUAAGGGGCAUAUCGAACUUUAAAUAAUUAAAUAUGCUGGUAUCGAUGACGUCAAGUGCCAAUCAGCAACCUUCAGGCCAAUUUUAUGAUUCGACUUUUACAAACAACGCCCUGACUUGUAUGUCCGGACAGUACAUCAGCCAUACUCACAGUUAGCAAACGCAGACCUAAUCAUGAGGUCUUUGAGCUUGUUUAUUUGUAUCUGACAUCUAGACUAGCAAUUCAUUGAACCAAGACUUUUGGAAAUGUGUUCACGACAACAACGACAGUCCAAGGCUCAGAACCGGUACGCCAUUACGAGAGAGACAUUUAGCUUUAAAGGCUAAUAUAAUUAAUAGAACGACACGCUUAUAUUAUAGCAUUCUGUAUUAUCUAGGUGAACAUUAAGCGAACACAUCUUGAAGAAUGCUUCAGGAUCAAGUGCUGUUGAUCAGUAAACGUGAUGAUGCUUAACAUGAUUGAUUUGUGUGCUCACGGUUAUUUCAUCAGGUGCAUUUAGAAUGUUAAAAAAAUGAAUGUAAACAUGUCAUAGCCAUUUUAGUAGUGCAGAGAGUGAUCACAUGUACGCCACAUGAAGAUGCACAUCUUCGAUACGUGUACGUUAUCUUCAUAUAAACAGGAUGUCACUUAUAUAGACUAGAUAUGUGAGAUAAAUGAAUGUUUAGAGUUAUUAUUGAAUUCAGUAGGCUUUGUAGUGUUAAUUCUGGCAGGGAUAAACCAUUUUGACUGGACAGCUGUCGUGCCAAUCAAUCAUAAAGGCAGGGUAUAUUCUAAAUGGGUUCUUGGUUUCUAGGUUAAAGGAGCCAUUUGUAACUUUCAGAUCUAUCUUCUGGCUGCAAUGUGAGCUACAGUGAAAACAUUGACAAGCCUUUGACAAGCUAUUUCCCCCGAUUGAGCGCCUCAGGAUCCUUACGAUUUGCCUUUUGAGGAAAUGGGGGCGGAGGCAAUUUCAGGGCCAGAAAUUUUUCAGCAAAAGCCUGAAAUGAAGACACUAACAAGAUCCAUUGCAUGGCAGUAUUGCAAAUGACUUUUUUUCCCCACCCUAAGAAAUCUUUCAAAUGAAAUGAUUAAUAGGUUGAGGAACAUUUUCAUUUAGGAUGAGGAUUUAAUUUGUGGAUAAUUUUUACGAACCACACCUUUAAAAUCCAGAAUUUCAGCGUUUUCUGAUCUACAGAUAGGCUUAAUUCUGUGAUUACUGACUUACUGAAACAUUGCACAUUCAUGAAUGUUAUCAGAAUGUUGUCUCGAAUGUGUGUGUAUCUGUGUGAGAAUUUUUAUAUAUACAUAUAUAUAAUAUGAAAAGACGAGUAUGUUGAGAUCCAAAUAAAUGUGGAAUCCUUGAGAUCCUCAGCAUGGAUCUAAAGAUCCAAAUCCUGCACCUUACACACAUUUAACUGCAGCGCUAAUACCAGGCAGAUGCACAUGGACCUCUCGCCCUGCAACUAGAGGUCAGAGGUCGAGGUUAGAAGGUCACAGGGCAGGAUUUUAGGCUUUGCAGAUGGAGGUGUGGGCAGCUUUAGACUUUUUUUACAGGGGCAUAAAACCAGCCUGCUGUCUUUGUCUCACGUUCCCUUUUUUAAAAUACACACACACACACACACACACACACACACACACACACACACACACCCCACUCUCAUGAGUGGCUCAAGGGUUUGAACGAUUCUUCAACCCUUAAAUGUUCUAUGUAGAACCCUUACAACAGAGAGCUUCUCUAACCUGUUUACCCUUAACGAUCCAAAGAACACUUGACCUAAAAGUCUUUUUCCCUAGAGGUUUCAUAAAUCCUCAGAAACUAUAUAAUUGUAGUGUACAUUUUACAAAAGAGCAUGCUGGUACUUUUGGGAAACACGCUGAUCAGACGCAGAUCGGGAAAGUUCGAGUAUUGGUUGCACUGUUCUAAUUUUAGUAUUUUCCAGUACUUGGUCAUAUUGUAUUUCGUCCGCUUAUUAAGCGUCCUGCUCUGCAAUUUAUCGGCGCAUUCACAUGAAACCACACGACGCAGAUAAAGCAAUGCUUAACAUAGCAACAGAUAUAUUUACAGCACAAAAAAUACAAGCCAAACUUACUGUAAGAUCUGGAAGGCCAGUGGAAAAUCCCU